AUACUGGUUAAGAAAUUAAAGAUGUUUUUCUGUUGAAAAUAAUAUAAAAGCAUUAAAAAAAUCAUAAAACAAUAUGUAUCUUUUACCUGUUUCGAUAACAAAAAAAUCUAUUUUUAAUUCCUUAAUUAGAGUUUAUAGACACUGGUUCACCUUCACCAUAUCCAAAAUGCAAGAAACUGGCCGACCCACAUGUGCAUGUAUGUGGUCCGACACGUAUCAGCCUCUUCUAUUUCCUUUUUCUAACACCAAUGAAUCACAAUUCGUAACGGUAAUAACGGUUGCAUCUUCUUCUCUACAAUGAAACCUUCUUUCAUUGUCUGCUUCUCUCGAAAACACCUUCUACUGACCAUCCGUUUGUGCCUCUAUCGGAUACAUCACAUUCUUUUUGUGUUACAACAUCAAACAUAUUCUACUUCAAAUAAAGUUUGUUUCUUUAACAUAGGGUUUGAAAAAUAACAGAGAAGAAAAAUUGAUUUUGGGAAGCUCCCUAUAUCACCGAAUUUUAUUAUUGUUAGAGACAGGAAGAGAAGAGAGAAUGAGAUCUACGUGGUUCUUACAUAAUCUUUCCAAGGAUUUGUGAGCUCUGCAGCUUUGAAUACGGAUAAUUAGGUAAACAAAUAAACCAGAUGGAGAUGAAAAUGUCUAGCUUCUGGGGUCCGGUUACAUCAACUACAGAUUGCUGUGAAAAGAAUUAUGAAUAUUCAUCUUAUAUUGCAGAAUUUUAUAACACAAUAUCCACCAUUCCGACCAUUCUUUUGGCUCUUGUCGGUCUUAUAAAUGCUUAUAGAGAACGGUUUGAGAAAAGAUUUUGUGUUCUUUAUGUAACAAUUAUGGCACUUGCCAUUGGAAGCAUGUUGUACCAUGCCACGCUACAGCGUAUGCAACAACAGAGCGAUGAAACUCCUAUGAUGUGGGAGAUUCUGCUAUACAUGUACAUCCUGUAUUCCCCGGAUUGGCACUAUCCUCGUACAAUGCCCAUCUUCCUAUUUUUGUAUUGUGUUAUCUUUGCCAUUGUUCAUUCAGUGGUCCGUUUUGGAAUUGGCUUCAAAGUCCAUUAUAUCAUUCUCUGCCUCCUCUGCAGUCCAAGAAUGUACAAGUAUUACAUUUAUACUGAUUAUGUGUCUGCAAAGCGCCUGGGAAAGCUUUAUGUAGUUACUCUUCUAUUGGGAGGUUUGUGUUGGAUAUGCGAUCAUGUUUUCUGCAAGCAAAUUUCUAGUUGGCCAAUUAAUCCACAAGGUCAUGCUUUGUGGCAUCUCUUCAUGGGUUUCAAUUCCUACUUUGCAAACACAUUCUUGAUGUUUUGUCGUGCUCAACAACUUGCCUGGUCUCCAAAAGUUGUCCAUGUAAUGGGUGUCUUGCCCUAUGUCAAGAUUGAGAAGCCAAAACACCAGUAAAAGAAAACAAUACAAGAUGAAAAGGUUUCAGUCAUCAUACAUUUGGGUAAAGAGUAGUUAGGUAUCAAUGUUCUUGGCCUUUUUCUUGGUUUAGAGUGGUUUACAUAAUGAUUUAUUUGUUUUUCGAUAUUGUGUUUUACACCUAGGACAUGUACCAUAUUUAUGCCACAACACUGGAUGUUUGUUUAAGCCCGACAAAACUCCAUUAAUGACAACCAAAAUUUUUGUAAUAUUGGUUGUUAUUGGAUUCAGUUGAAUCAUCCUACAUAUUUAUGUAAAAUUUUGUUUAACCCUUUCUGGGUGAUUUAGUAUGUUAUUUUUGUGGAG